UGCUAAUUAGAUGAUGGUGUACUGUUAUGAUCUAAUAUGAGAGGAGCUCAUUGAAACAGCAGGAAACAGUCCUCAUAUAGCUCUGGGUGAGUGAGCGAGCGAGAGAGCGAGCGUGUCACUCAUAUGUGUGUACAGUGAGUUGAGUAAUGAGCGCAAGAGCGGCUGUCUGUCUGAGCGCCUUCUGCUACCUCUACACUACAGGCUGGAAUAUGCAGACAGCGUCUCCAACAGCGGAGUCAUGAUCUGCCGUCUUCCCCGGGACUCGUCUUCCGCUCGGAGCCGAACCGAAACCACAUUUUGAGGCAUCUGAUAUUUAACCAGCGGCUUUACUUCGGGCCAUCGCAUUGGUCGCUUAACACAGCCGGGGAGGAUCUUGCGCAGUGGCGGCGGACACUUCGGGUGAUGUCGGCUGGCCGUCACUCUUGACAUCGGCCUCCGCUCGCAGACACACGGCGGAAUGGGAUCAGUGUGCGUGCAGUGAGGAGACGUCGGAAUGAACUUGUUUGUUGGAUCUUCAUCCACAUGAGCUGUCUGUUUGCAGUCUCACUGUCAGACAGACACAACAUAUUGCUGCAACCCAACCCCCUCAGCUUCCUCUCCAUCACCAGCCAAUCAAAUGCACUCUGAAAAUAAACUAUCCAAUCAUGGCAAGCAAGUGACAAGUGGGGCCCAAUCACAGCUCCCCAAUGUAAACCAAGCACAGCAGCAAGGACCUGCUGGCAACCAAGGGUCAAAGGGCAGUGGGUCUGGGAACCAUGGGGUCAAAUCCAACCAGAUUUCUCCUGGCAACACUGGACUGAAGAGCCUCAACCAAUCAGGUGGUGGAGUUGGUGGGAUAAUGAAGACCAAGGCAAAGAGGGAAAGGAGUGUCUCCAUGGACACGGGAGACCAAAGAGAGUCACUCACCCCUGUUUUGGAGCCAGAUGUCAAAGAGGGCGUGAUGCGCAGCAAACGUCGGUGUGUGCUGGAGAGAAAGCAGCCGUACAGUGGUGAUGAAUGGUGCUCGGGGGCCGAAACUGAGGAAGAGGAUGAGAAACCCCUUUCUGCCACACACCGUGAACAUGUGAUUUGUCCUAGUCAGGGCCACUCUGGUUCAUCUGCCACGGGCCAUGUUAGUGAUCCAGGAGGUGCAGCAUUAGGUUCUGGCCAUGGACCUGGUAUUCGCACAGAUCUGCAUCCUCGGCCCCCUCAGCAAGUAGUGUAUGUCUUCACCACCAGCCUAGCUAACAGUGCUGCAGAGGCCGUGAUGCAUGGCCACACAGACUCCAUCCUCUUGUAUCACCAGCAGAAUGUUCCUCGUACCAAGUUGGAACAGUCUUCUGGCGUUGGAAAACUCUCCAAUCUAACCGAGCAAAUCAGCUCCAGUCAUAGUCCGCCCAUUGGCACACCCAAAUCCCAAAGUGGUACGCCCCGGCCAGCUUCUGUUGGUGGAGGUAUGGGAGGACACCUUCCUGGCACCAGUACUCCUUCUUCCACAGGCCAUCCAGAUAGUGAGCCAGCCCAAACCCACCGAGGAGGAGGAACAUCAAACAGCAACAGCCGAUCUGCAGUUCAUUCACUGGGUCAAGGAAGUUCAGGCCCACAGUCUGUAGGGGUUUCAGGACCAGAAGGAGUGGACAGGCCAAGUACAAUUCCUCACCAUGGUGCAGGUGUGUCUCCUUCCUCCAGUCCCUCUGCAUUAUCUGCACACCGUCAGAGUGAAAUGGGCCAGCGUGUAGGGCCAGGAAACACAGAUUGCCUCUCUAAGGAGCAGCUGGAACAUCGUGAACGCUCUUUACAAACUCUUCGAGACAUUGAGAGGUUGCUUCUGCGUAGUGGAGCAGGUGCUGGCCAUGAGGAACCAAGAGGUCCUAAUGGCAAUCCUAAUGGCACUAACGUUAACAACAAUAAUAGUAAUGAUGGAGGUAGAGGUUUGGAAGAUGGUGAGAAUGGUGUGGGGAAUACUGGUAAUUGCCACAGCAACAAUGCUGGUAUGCCUGGUAUGCCCCCUGUUGGUGGAAUGAAAAAGUAUGAGGAGCCCUUACAGUCCAUCAUCUCACAGACACAGAAUCUUGUGGGGCCUGGACUGGACGACCCGCUGAUGGGCCCACACCACAGUAUGCCACCACAUUCCCACCACCUCUCCUCACCCUCAGGGUUAGACAUGGGGCCCCUUCUGGGACCUGAAGGUGUAACACCAGAGCAGCUGGCUUGGAGGAAGCUGCAAGAAGAGUACUACCAGGAGAAAAGGCGGCAACACGAGAUGAACCCACACCAACAUCCCCAGCAUUUCCGCAUGAUGCCAGAGAUGGGCAUGCCUGGGGGGCCUCCAAUGCUGAUGAGGGGCCCCCCACCACCAUAUCAUAGUAAACCUGGUGAUCAACAGUGGGGGCCAGGACCAGGGCCAAUGUUAGGGGGAGGAAUGGGAGGGAAUUCACGAAUAAAGGACAUGCAUCAGGAAGGUCCUCGAGGGCCAAGGUUUCUUGGGCAGAUGCGAGGUCCUUCAGGGGCUGGGGGUUACCCAGAAAGUCCUGGUGGAGUUCUAAGUAUGGAAGGAUUGGGGCCUCAGAGACCUACAAGGCCAGGCAUGGGUUGGUUAGAUGAUAUGCCUCCAAACAUGGGUGGUGGAGGCCCAUUUCAUGGGUGCUAUCCUCCAGGGGGGCCUGGGGGACCUCCCCAGCCCUUUCAGGGUGAUUUGGAUCGUCCCAUGACAAGGGAAGAGAUGUUCCGCAGACUCCAUAGAUUGGACUUGCAACAAAUGUCCAGACAGCAGCAGCAGGCAGGGCUAGGAGGACCUAGGAUGAUAGAUAACACUGGGGGACCAGGCUUCCCCAAUCCUGGAAUGGGAGGAGGCCCGCCCUCCCGUGGCGAUCCAAUGGACUUUCCUGGUUCUCGGACUAUAAUGGGCUCUCCUAUUGGUGGAGUAGGCAGUGAUGGUGGUCCCACAAUGAGAGACAUAGUUGACUCUCCUUUGGGCGGUAACCUCAAUAUGAAUAUGGGCAUGAAUAUGAAUCCACAGGGGCAGCAGUUGUUGGCUCAGAAGCUGAGGGGAGGUCCUGGAAUUGCCGGACCACUUGGGGAGAUGUUAAGCCCUGAGGACAUCUCCCGCAUUAGGGCUUCACAGAAUGGCCGGGGAGGUGCUAACAAAGGAAUGAUCCCUGGCCCAGAUGGACCUCUUCAGUUCCCCAACCAGAGCUCCUUUCCUGGUAGUCAAGGUGAUGGCUCAUAUAUGCAGCAGCCAGGCUCUGAUAUGUUUGGAGCAGACCAGCCAGGUCCUCCCCACAUGAGCAACACCUCAAGACUUAGUCACAUUCCCAUGAACACUGGCUCAAGGGGUACAGACCUUGGUGCUCGACACCCUCCUGACCUGCCCAUUAGUGUUAACCCAAUGGGUUCCCCAGCGAUACCCCCAUCUCACCAGCUCAAAUCACCCUCUCUUAGUCAGGAGCCAUCACCCCUCAUGCCUUCACCCUCUGCAGCAGGCCUGAAAUCACCCAGCCAACUACCACAGAGUGGUCCACCUCACCCUCCUCUACCAGCAGCCUCUGGGGCUGGAACACCCUCUUCCACCUCUAUCAAGUCCCCCCAGGUAAUGGGCCCUUCUCUUGGUCUUCGCUCACCAUCUGGCUCCCCUGGACACCUUAAAUCUCCAACCAUGCCCGUUGCUUCACCUGGCUGGAAUGCCUCACCCAAGACAAUGCCUAGCCCUGGAGGCCCUCCUAGUGUCAAGGUCGCAGGGAAUGGGAGCAGCUCCACUGAUACAGGUAUGUCCCUGCCACCUAGGAGUUCCAACUCAACACCGAUCAGUCAGCCUUCUAACUCUAUCAAUCCUAGCAUGCCUUUCACAUCCUCACCAGAUGCCCCUCCAUCCCAGAAUCCUUUAUCCCUUAUAAUGUCUCAGAUGUCAAAAUAUGCCAUGCCUAGCUCCACUCCGUUGUACCAUGAUGCCAUCAAGACAAUCGCCACAUCAGAUGAUGAGAUGCUACCCGACAGACCCCUCCUACCUGGAAUCAACAUGUCAGGCAACAUGGGAAAUCACCAGUCCACACAGAUGCUCCUCAGCUCGCAGGGUUCAAUGGGACCUCACAGCGGUCCGCAAAGUCCAAUGGGAAUGGUUCUCCAAGGAGGUCCACAGCUAUCCCAUGAUCCUUCUGGACCUAUGCUCCCAUCCCCUAACCCUAUGGGAAUGCCAGGAAUGACCUCAGCAAUAAUGGGAGGUGGAGGGGGACCACCAGAUGGAAUAGGGCCCUGUAAUGUUUCCCCAAUGCAUCCCCAAAACCAGAUGGGUGGAUUUCCUCGCAUACAGGGACCUCUUCACUCCCCUAUUGGUGGAAUGGGGCAACAGUACCCCCAGCGCCCUGAAGAGGUCUUACCACCCCAGCAGAUGCACCUUCUAAGCAAAGGCAUGUCUCACCAGCGGCCUCCUCACCAACCAGACUCUUUUCCAUCCAUGCCCAUGGGUGAUGGUCCAGACCUGAGUGAGGUCAUCAGGCCUACACAUACAGGCAUUCCUGAGUUCGAUCUUUCCCGUAUCAUUCCUGCGGACAAGCCCAGCAGCACCCUGCAGUACUUCCCCAAAAGUGAAGCCAUGUCCCAGCCACAGCAAAAUCCUCACCAGGGCCAGAUGCCUCCACAGGCUUCUUCCGCUCAACUUCUCAAACAGCUCUCCUCAUCUGGACCUCCCCAUAGCAGCGUCCCCUCCUCCAACCCCCAUAUCGCUAACCUACAGAACAUGAUGGCUGAGCAACAGCUGCCCCUACACCCCUCACACUCACAUUGUGGGAUGCGUCCAGGUAUGGGCAUGCCUCAGAUUGGCUCCAGGGGCAUGGGAUCAGGAGGUGGAAUGGGGCCUAUAUGCCACCCAGGACACAUGAUGGGCAGGACAGGCAUGUCUCCACAACAACAGCUCCAGCACCAACAUCACCAUCAGCAGCAGCAGGCCAUGAUGGCCAAUAAUCUCUUACAACACCCAUCCCACCCCAACCGUGGCAUGCUGUCUCCACAGCAGCACCCUCAUAAUCUUAUGGCUCAGCAGAAUCUAAUGAUGAUGCAGGCUAAGCAGCGGGGCAUGGCUCUUCCUGGGGAGCACUUUGGCCAGCAGGGCGCCCUCAUGUCCCCACAGGGGCCUAUGAUGGGACCUCCACAUUCACAGUCGGGCAUGAUGGGCCCCCAGAGUCUCAGACAACGGAGCAUGUCACUGGACAGCCCAUUGGGCUACGGGCCUGGAAGUAUGGCCAACAUGCCCUUUUAAUCUGGCUUCUCUGUAAAACUGUAAAAACCUUGUUUCUUAAUGUCUGUUUCUCAUUUGGACAUGUUUUUAUUGCCACUGACUGACUGUGGCAAUCAGAUGCUAAAAACAUUGGUUUUGAAGUCAACUUUGUGUGAAAAGAAAUCUGUUGAGGGUUAUCAUUACAGUUAAGUAACACAAUCUGAAGCCAUUUUUUAAGAUAUUUGUAAAAUAUGUAUAUUUCAGAUCAAUGUGUUUGAUUGCAAAGGCGGAAGGAAAAAAGCCUCUGGGUUUCUAUGUUCUAAAUACAUUCUGGCUACCAAACUGUUGUGGAAGGUAAUAUAUAAAUAUCUAUAUAUAAAUAUAAUAUAUAUAUAUAUCUAUAUAUAUAUAUAUAUAGAUAGUUGCUGUAAAUAAGAUGCAAUUUGUGCUUGUUUGCAACUGUUCUGUAUACUGUG